AUGGCCGCCACUGUCCCCGGAGCGUUAGUGAACAAAAAACGUAAACAUUUCAUUGGGAUGCCUGCCCCUCUUGGAUACGUUGCGGGCGUCGGUCGAGGUGCUACCGGUUUUACCACACGGUCAGAUAUCGGUCCUGCGCGUGAAGUUGGCGAUGUCAGCGAUGAACGCCAUCCACAUCCUCCAAAGAAGAAGACCCCAUCAGGCAAGGAUGACGAAAAGGAGGAAGAAGAAGAGGAAGAGGAAGAUUUGAACGAUGCUAACUACGAUGAGUUUGAAGGUUACGGUGGAAGCUUAUUUUCAAAAGAUCCUUACGACAAAGAUGACGAAGAGGCCGAUGCAGUUUAUCAACUGAUAGAUGAACGCCAAGACGAAAAACGCAGGGAAUACAGAGAAAUGAAACUGAAGAAACUCAUUGAAGAGUAUCGGAAAGAGCGGCCUAAGAUUCAGCAAGAAUUUUCUGACCUGAAGAGACAAUUAGCACAAGUGAGCGAAGACGAAUGGGCGAAUAUACCGGAAGUUGGGGACGCAAGAAACAGACGGCAGCGCAAUCCGCGCAGUGAAAAGUUUACGCCGAUACCGGAUUCGGUUCUGGGACGAUACGCAUACGGCGAUAGUUACGCCGGUCUCGAUUUUCGGCAACAGUUGUACGGUGGUACGGUUUCUCCGUUUCCUGGCAUUGCCAGUAGCAUAAGUGGUAUGCGCUCUGGCAUUUUAACACCCGGUUGGACUUCGAGCACGGCAAGUUCAGCAUCAACUGACUUAGAUCUGCGUAAAAUCGGACAGGCGCGUAAUCAGCUGAUGGACAUGAAACUGAAUCAGGUAUCUGAUUCGGUCAGUGGACAAACAGUAGUGGAUCCUAAAGGCUAUCUUACAGAUUUACAGUCUAUGAUACCAACUUACGGUGGUGAUAUCAGUGACAUUAAAAAGGCUCGGUUACUCUUGAAAUCAGUUCGUGAGACGAAUCCUAAUCAUCCUCCAGCAUGGAUUGCAUCGGCCAGAUUGGAGGAGGUAGUGGGUAAGCUUCAGGUGGCUCGAAAUAUCAUUAUGCAAGGUUGCGAGGUUUGCAGUAAAAGCGAGGAUAUUUGGCUGGAAGCGGCACGUUUGCAUCCUCCGGAUACCUCUAAGGCAAUUAUUGCUCAAGCAGUUCGAUAUCUGCCGCAGUCUGUACGGAUUUGGAUGAAGACAGCUGAUCUUGAAACAGAUCAUAAAGCCAAAAAGAAGGUUUUGCGCAGAGCUCUUGAACAGAUUCCAAAUUCAGUCAGGCUGUGGAAAGCGGCUGUUGAGCUCGAAGAUCCGGAAGACGCGCGAAUUUUGUUGUCGCGCUCCGUUGAAUGUUGCCCAACGAGCGUCGAACUUUGGUUGGCACUGGCAAAGCUGGAAACUUAUGAAAAUGCUCGAAAGGUUCUUAACAAGGCUCGAGAAAAUAUUCCAACAGACCGCCAGAUCUGGAUUACUGCUUCGAAGUUGGAAGAGGCGAACGGCAAUGUUCAUAUGGUCGAAAAGAUUAUCGAUCGAGCCAUAAGUUCGUUGCGAGCUAACAUGGUGGAAAUAAACAGGGAGCAGUGGAUGAAAGACGCAGCAGAAGCUGAAAAAGGUGGCAACAUUCUCACAUGCCAAGCUAUUGUCAGAGCGGUUAUUGGCGUGGGAGUGGAAGAAGAGGACCGAAAACGAAUGUGGCUCGAAGACGCGGAAUCGUUCUGUGCCCAAGGUGCUGUCGAAUGUGCCCGAGCGAUUUACGUGCACACGUUGAAGGUUUUUCCGAACAAGAAGACUGUUUGGCUACCGGCUGUCACUUUUGAACGCAAACACGGUUCAGCGGAGUCGCUGGAAGUACUGUUUGAGCAGGCCGUCACGAACUGCCCGAAGGCUGAGAUACUUUGGCUGAUGUAUGCAAAGACUAAGUGGCUAGCGGGAGAUGUGCAAGGAGCACGUAAGAUUCUUUCGAUGGCCUUUCAAGCGAACCCGAAUUCUGAAGACAUCUGGCUGGCUGCCGUCAAGCUCGAAAGCGAGAACAAUGAGUAUGAACGCGCACGACUGCUGUUGAAGAAGGCGCGUGAAUCGGCCCCAACCGCUAGGUCGGCAAGACUGGAAUGGUGUCUGAACGAGUUAGACGCUGCCCAGGAGCUGCUGUCUCGUGGUUUGGAAUUAUACCCGGACGCGCCGAAGUUGUGGAUGAUGGCUGGACAAAUUCAAGAACAGCUGCACAACGUCGAUGGAGCAAGGAAAGUUUAUCUUGAAGGGGCAAGUUUGAUUAUCUCUAGAUUCACGGUGUUCCAUUGUCGACUUUUAUUUCAGUUCUGA